AUGAGUGCCGCGAAGGAUGCCGUCGACCAAAAUUUCGAUUAUAUGUUUAAACUUCUAAUUAUCGGAAACUCAUCAGUUGGAAAGACUUCUUUUUUGGUUCGAUAUGCAGAGGAUAGCUUUACUUCUGCCUUCGUAUCCACUGUCGGAAUUGAUUUCAAAGUUAAAACUGUUUUCCGACAAGACAAAAGGGUCAAAUUACAAAUAUGGGAUACAGCUGGUCAGGAACGCUAUCGAACUAUAACAACAGCCUAUUAUCGCGGUGCUCUUGGGUUCAUUUUAAUGUACGAUAUCACGAAUGAGGAUUCAUUCAACGCCGUUCGUGACUGGGUUACUCAAAUAAAGACGUAUUCAUGGGAUAAUGCUCAAGUUGUUUUGGUCGGUAAUAAAUCGGAUCUUGCUUCUGAGCGACAGAUAACUACUGAACGGGGACGAGCUCUGGCAGACACGCUUGGUCUCAACUUUUUCGAGACUUCUGCUAAAGACAAUGUUAAUGUGAAAGCCGUUUUUGAUUUGAUGGUGGAUAUUAUCUUGCAAAAGAUGGCCGAAAACGCGGACCAAGAUGGCAAGAUGACGGGGGCAGGUGCUCCUGGAGGUGACUGCUCAUGCAGGUAA